ACGGGGAGGUGGGGACGCGAAGGUGACGGGCUGGCCGCUUGCAUCGGAGCCCCGAGAGUAUCGCGCGCUUGCUCGGCUCGGCUGACUGCUCCCGAGCGGGACGCGUAUCAGUCCCGAGGAGGCGGGAGGAGGAGGAGGAGGAGAGCCAAGCAAGGAAAAGCCAAGAGGGGAAAGUUGCGGAGGCGGAGAUAGAGCGAGCACCGCUUCGCCAGUGCUUGGCAAAGGUGUCGGAGCCUCGGAGGAGAAAAAGGGCCAGGCAUCGGCGUUGCUGUCUCCCCUCCCGGUGGCAAGCUCCGCUGAGUCUUUGCUCCGCUGAGCUUUCGGGCUCGGUCUCAUCUUGCAGCGGAGGAAGCGAGAGAAGCAGCGGGGAAGAAAGAGGAGGAACUUUUUGGGUGCGUGGAGCUUUUCCCGGGCUCGGCCCAGGCGCGGCAGCCUGCAGCCGAAAAGAUGCGGGCUCCCCCUUUUUCCCAGUACAGGAUCCACUCCCUCGCUUAGCCCGCGAGUGGUGAUCCCGGAGAGGAUCUUUAGCUUCGUGCCGGGGCCAAGAGCUCGCUUCUUCCUCCCUGCCGGCGUUGGAGACUCUUAAAAGUCCUGCUGCGUGGAAGAGCCGGCGCUGCGCCCUUUUGCGCCGGGACCGGACCCCGAGAAAACUGAAAGGAGUUUGUCAGUGCUCGGACUGAGGUGCCAUGGUUUUAACCAAGUGCUUCUUGGAGGCCUGCUGACCUCGGAGCGAAGAGCUCAGGUCUAGGAAGAAAAACAACACGCGUGGGACUUUUCUUUCGUUCAACCCCCCCCCCCCCCCCCCCCCCCCCAACCUUUGGGUGUUUCCCCUCUGUGCAUGCUCUUGUGGUCCCCGUUUUUUCCACAAGGAUACAAAAUGGCGCUGCCAGGAUGGGGAGAGGUGAGGUCUUCACCCCUCAGAGGUGCCUGCUUUUGGACACUGCUUCUGAUUUUCCAAAUGUUCGUGGGAAGGGGCUCUUGCGUGGAGUGUGACUCCAACUGUACGUGCACCGGUGAUCUUUUGGACUGCAGCAACCGGGGACUUGAAAGAGUUCCUCUGGAACUGCCCCCCUGGAUAGUUCAUCUAAACCUGAGCCACAACAAACUGACCGAGAUUGAUCCUUCUGCCUUCGCAAAGCUGCCAAAACUACGGGAAGUGCGACUGAAUAACAAUGAACUGACAGCCAUUCCAUCUCUGGGAGCAGCUUCAGCCCACAUAACUUCCUUGUUCCUGAAUCGCAACCGAAUCCACAGCAUUGAAGCCAGCCAGCUGGAGCCCUAUGUAUCCCUGGAAACGUUAGAUCUCAGCUCAAAUAACAUCACAGAAAUCCAAAGUGGCUGUUUCCCAGUGGGGCUUCCCAUAAAGGACCUCUACCUGGGGAGCAACAGAAUCAGUGUCCUGGACACCAAGGCUUUUAACAGCUUGUCACGAUCCCUGCUGACGCUUCGCCUGAAUAAAAACAGAAUUGUCCAACUUCCCGUCAAAGCAUUCAAACUGCCCCAUCUAACACAACUAGAGUUAAACCGGAAUCGUAUUCGUUUGAUAGAAGGCUUGACAUUUUAUGGACUGGACAGUUUAGAAGUUUUGAAGCUGCAGCGCAACAAUAUAAGCAAGUUGACGGAUGGAGCUUUCUGGGGUCUGGCCAAAAUGGAGGUUCUACACCUGGAGCACAAUGUUCUCACAGAAGUGAACGGUGGUUCCCUGUUUGGCCUGCUGUCCCUUCAACAAUUUCAUUUGAGUAACAACCUGAUAUCCAGUAUCAGUCCUGCUGGAUGGAACUUCUGCCAAAAGCUGAAUGAACUGUCCUUGUCAUUUAACAACUUAACCAGAUUGGAUAAAGGAAGUUUAGCAGAUCUGGGAAGCCUGGAGAUUCUUCACCUGAGUCACAAUUCCAUCAGUCACAUUGCAGAAGGAGUAUUCAAGGGACUCAAAAGCUUACAUGUUCUGAAUCUGGAUCAUAACGAGAUUUCAGGGACAAUAGAAGACACCAGUGGAGCAUUUACGGGCCUGGAAAACCUAAGCAUGCUGACUCUGUUUGGAAACAAGAUCAAGUCUGUGGCCAAGGAGGCGUUCUCCGGCUUGGAGGCCCUGGAACACCUGAACCUUGGGAAUAACGCCAUACGGUCUAUUCAAGAGGAUGCCUUUGCAAAGCUGAAAAACCUGAAAGAACUCCGUAUCAACAGCGAGAGCUUCCUCUGUGAUUGUCAGCUCAAGUGGUUGCCACUUUGGUUAACCAAGAAAAAACAACAGCUGUUUGUGGAAGCCACCUGUGCCCAUCCAGAAUCAUUAAAGGGCAAAAAUAUUCUUGAAGUGGUCCCAGAAAGUUUUGUAUGUGACGAUUUUCCCAAACCCAAAAUUAUCAUUGAACCGGAAACUACCAUCACUGUCCUGGGCAAAGACAUCCGCCUGACCUGCUCUGCAGCCAGUAGUAGCAGCUCUCCGAUGACGUUUGCCUGGAAGAAGGACAAUGAGAUUCUGCACCAUGCCGAGAUGGAGAACUUUGCCCACGUCCGAGCCAGGGAUGGGGUGGUGAUAGAGUACACUACCAUUCUGCACUUGCGCCGUGUCACUUUUUCCCACGAGGGACGCUACCAGUGCAUCAUUACCAAUCAUUUUGGCUCUACCUAUUCUCAAAAGGCGCAGCUUAUUGUUAAUGUGCUGCCGUCUUUCCUCAAAACUCCCUACGACGUUGCAGCCCGUACUGGAACAACUGCUCGGUUGGAAUGUGCAGCUCGUGGGCAUCCCCUUCCGCAGAUUGCUUGGCAGAAGGAUGGCGGGACAGACUUCCCUGCAGCUCGAGAGCGUCGCAUGCACGUCAUGCCCGACGACGAUGUCUUUUUCAUCACUGAUGUGAAGAUAGACGACAUGGGCGUUUACAGCUGCACCGCUCAGAACUCUGCAGGUUCCGUGUCAGCCAAUGCCACCCUGACCGUGCUGGAGACUCCAAGUUUGGUUCACCCAUUGGAGGACCGUGUUGUGUCUGUCGGUGAAACCGUGGUCCUGCAAUGCAAAGCGACUGGAAGUCCACCUCCACGCAUUAACUGGCUGAAGGGCGACCAUUCUCUGACUGUGACCGAGAGGCAUCACUUUACUCCAGGCAACCAGCUGCUUAUUGUCCGCAACGUUGUGUUAGAAGAUGCUGGGAAGUACACAUGUGAAAUCUCAAAUACAGUUGGAACAGAACGGGCACACAGCCAAGUGAGCGUAUUGCCUUCACUUGGCUGCCGGAAAGAUGGAACCACUUUUGGAAUCAUGACUAUUGCUGUAGUCUGUAGCAUCGUCUUAACAUCUCUGGUUUGGGUGUGUAUCAUCUAUCAGACCAGAAAGAAGAGUGAAGAAUACAGUGUCACAAACACAGAUGAGACUAUUGUACCACCUGACGUGCCAAGCUGUCUGUCCUCCCAGGGAACACUUUCAGAUCGACAAGAGAGUGUGGAAAACAGUCAGCAGCCCAAUGGUCAAAUCCAGAGCAAUGGUAUUUGCCAGCUCAGCAGAAGAAGGGAUGUAGAGGGCGAUGCUCCCUCUGUCAUUUACCGGCAGCCAAAGAUAUGCUUGGGCUAUAAUAAAGAGUCUUGGAAAGGAGAAGACAUUCCCGAUAGGAUGCUUCUUACAGACAAGACAGCCUAUAGCUUGCCUGCCGCAUACACUGACUGCGAUGGAAGCGUGGAUAUCAAGAAUGUUUAUCCCAAGAGCCCAGAUUAUUAUUCUCUGGCUGCAGAGGCCAUGACUCCAAAUACUCCCAGUAGCAAGGACUCCGACAAGCAUGAUGGCAUACUAACAACUAACUGUUCUAGCCCUCUGAAGUGCAGCACGAAUACGGACAGUAGAAGAUCAGAUGUCAGCGGCACUAUUUAUCCUAGCAAUCAUGACAGGAUGUCAACGGCUUGCCCUAGCAAGCUACCGCUAGAAGACAGCAAAGGUCUAUCACAGCCCUUGGCCAACUGUGAGCCUUAUGACUGUUUAUUGCCUGCCGAAGGCUCUCUGCUACAUCGAAAAGGAAGUGCUGAACUAUCUGAAGCAUUGCCUGGGGGAGAAGUGCAGCCAUGGCUUGUCUCCAGUGGCCAUUUAACAAGGUCACCCACCUCUCUCCCUCAGUCCAGCCACUAAAAUGCUGACAAGGGACCCAGGAAACAAAAAAUACCCCGAGCAUGCUCCCUCUGUCUCUCCCACUUAUUUGCACAGAAUUACCUAGGCUACUUCUACCUCAAAGUCUGAAUGGACAGCUUUGCAAAUUAAAGGAAAAGUGACAACUCCAUGAGGUAUGAGAAGCAAGCUUGAGUAAGGGAACAGAGCCCUGUUUCUGCGAUGCCCGCUUGUAAAUAGUUUUUAAAACUUCCCUGAGAAGGAUCAGUGGCUCCAUGUUGGCUUGCAAAUAAAGCACAGAAAUGCAAAAUGUUACGAUGUAAAGUGAAAGAAGUAUUUGAUAACAAAUGUGUACAUAAGAGUUUUCAUAUAUAUAUAUAUAUAUAAAUAUAUAAAUCUAUAUAUAUAUAUAUUAUAUCUUUUAACAGAGGCUGUUUUAUCCCUUGGUGCAUGUGUGAUUGAGUGAAAUUAUAUAAUGUUGACAAUAUGCAUUUUUCCCCAUUGUUAAGGAUUUUUUUUAAAAAUCCUUCUACUCCAUCUCCAAGAGAAAUAGCUCCGGUGUCUUUAGUUAAAACUUUGAGGUUGGGACCACAAACUUUACAUAGAGAAGACCACACUGAUAAAAAGGCCGUUUCUAUGGUACCCCACUGUAGGGGUGCACUAUUUGAGAGAAGUGCUCUACACAGCACACCAUCAAGAACUGAACAUUUAAACCUUCAAAAAAGUGUACAUGCUCAAAUGACACUUCUGUUGAGAGUUCAGUAAGCUGAAGAACUGUGUAGGCUCAGACAUGGAUCUGUGGGGGAAUCUUCAAGCAGAUUAGAUGGAACGUGUCAUUUACCCAUGAUCGUUGCCAUUCAGCUUUCUCAAACAGACAUUGAACUAGUUCAUUAGUCUAACCAUCUUCUCAGAAAUAUUGAUAGUACAGUAGAGUACAGUAUGUUUUUUUUCCAUAGACUUGCUCCCAAGUAAAUCCAUAGGAUUGUGAUGCUGACCUUAAAAAGCAAACUGUACUCUGCUCUUCUAACGUUGAGGUGAGCCAAAUGCUCCAAGAACAUCUUCAAUACCUGUAGUACCUUUUGAAACAUGACUGAGUCAGUGGCAGAGUUUCUAGUUGAUGUAAAUUGAACCUCCACCAGUGAAGAGAGUAACUCUCAGUAGGAGUGUUUUAGGACAGCACACUGAAACAUCCCUGCUCUAUCGUAACAUCUGGAAUAUAUAUGUGCCCAUCUAUCCCAUUUCAACCUUAAUUGAGAUGCACGCAACCUUGUGUAAAUCCCAACUUCUAUUUAAAUAUUAACUGUUCAAUGCACUAGCAAUGAUCCUAGUGGAACAAUAUUAAACAGCCAAGCUCACUUCAGAAAGCAGCAGCAAGAGCAAGAAAAUUACAGAGGGGACAUCCUCAUGCUGUUUUGUUUUGCAUAGGAACUUAUUAAUGUUUUCUCUUGGCACCUUGACACCAUUUAUAGAGAUUUCAAAAUGUAUUGCUAAUAUUUCUUAUGCAGUAACCUGACACAAUGAAUAAUCCAUUUGCGCGCACGCACACACACACAUACACCUAAUUUCCUUUUCUUUUCAAGUCAGACUUAGAAUUUAAGGUUCACAGAUAGUUACUCCAAUUCUGAAGGUCGUCUUUAUGUUGUGAGAGACUUUUGACUUAAAGAUCGAUCAAGGAAAAUCAUUUAAAAAGCAUGAAUUACCUUAGGCUACUUUGCUUUAGUUUUUAUACACUGUUUUAAGUUCAGUUAAGCCCCAGGCACAAAUGUGAGCGCAUAGAAUGAAAACUGUUUUUAUAACUUACGUGUGGGUUUUUAAAAAAUUUUGCUGUCUCUUUUGAUAUUUAUGCCUAUGUAACUAUGGUAGUUCCCAAAAGUCAUUCUCCACGCCACUUGAUUAAUUGUAGGUCAGGCUGAACUAAAGUUCCGUGGAACGGCUUGCCUUCGGCGGUUGUGGGAGCUUCAUCACUGGAGGCUUUCGGGAGGAGAUUGAACUGCCAUUUGUCAGAAAUGGUGUAGGGUCUCCCACUUAGGACUAGACGGGGGGUUGGACUAGAUGACCUACAAGGUCCCUUCCAACUCUGUUAAUCUAAUCUAAAGGUGAUAAGCAUAGGUUAGGACAUUGUCUGUAGGACAGCAUCAGGUUCUGUCUGUUCUUAUUUUCUUUACCUUGACUUAAAGGCCAGUUUCAGAGAAAUAGAUAGGAAACAUGAUUUAGCUUAGGAUAUCAGGAACUCAUAUUAGGGACAUAAUAUACAAAACACUUUCUUUAUAGGAAGGGACAAAUCUAUUCUGAAACACCAAAGAAAGCUUUUUGGUAUGUUCUUAUAUUAACCAGACUGUUUGACUCUAAAAGAAACAUUAACAACCAGAUUUUUCUAAAUAGACAUUAGAAGGUCAGCUGGCACAGGUUAUUUCUCUAUUGUGAGGUUUAGUAUUUUGCUACAGCAACUGGAUAGGAAAGAACCAGAGAUUUUGGUAUGCCAUGGGCAAGGCUUUUUCUUCAUAAUUUUGUGAGAAAGUUUUCCUCUAAUAGGAAACCUGGGGUAAAACAUACUCUCUCCUUUUAAGUAAGAAAGAGCUUUUAAGUAUCUGAUUACUAUGCCAUUAAAUUACUCUUCCUUCUCCUUCAGUUGGCGGGAGAUGCAUAGCUUUGUAAGACAAGUUUUGUCAUCUGCUUUUUAGCUGAAGCUGGACUUUCUGAAGUAAUGCAUAAUUUCACCAUCCCCCUAUCUCCAGACAAUAAACACACUUGCACUUUGGAAUAGGUGUUUAGUGAUAUAAGGUGCCAACUUGUGGCUUAUUUGGUGAUUUUAAAGAAAACGGAUCCACUAAUAGGGAAACAUAUUCAGGGUAAAUAUUUACCCCUGUUCAUAAAGAGAGAAAGUGACAUGCUUUCUAAAGAAAAGUGAUCUUAUAAAGGUUUGGAUACUAGUUGAAGAAGGUUACUAGGUAAAGAUGAAAAUAAAUGGGCAAAGGCAUAGGAAAAAGGCAUCACCAUUGGAAUUGCUAAGCACACUUGCCAUAUUAACAUUUUGGAAAAUUUAGUUUUAGAUACGGUUGUUUAAAUGUUGUUACUUCCACUAAAUAUGUGAAUCUGCUGCUUCUGAGAGGCAAUGUGAAAAAAGGAAGUAUUAAUUUUUGUGUAAAAAGUUAUUUAUUUAUUAGACUAAUGUGGUACAAUGUUGUACAUUGAGAAUACGUUGUAAAGAUAUUGGAAGUGUUUAACAAAUGGCAUUGAAGUGUCUUUAAUAAAGGUUCAUUUAUAAUACCAAUUAUUCCGCCUUGAUUCAUUGAUCUGCACUUUUUUAUACUUCGGUUUGGGGUGAAGUAAAAUGAAAUUCUGCAUUGCUGGGCUUCCUGGAUUUUGAAGACUUUUUAAAAGGCCAUGACUGCUUCAUAACCUGGUAUAAU